AAAGUUCAAUGAUGCUAAAAUAAAAUAUCAAUUAGUCUCAUCCUGCGUUAUUGAAGAAGCAUCAGUGGCAAAAAUAUUUUUUUUAAAGGAUGGAUUCAAAAUCCUUAUCUAGUUUAGGGGAAAUUAAAUCAAAAUUAAAAUUCGAUGGAUUUUGGAACUGGUUUGUCACUUAUAACGACGUACACACACUGUGGCGGGCACAGCCUACAUAUUUCAUAGUUUCUACAUUAUUUAUCGUCGGUGGACUUAUCACUUUUUAUCACGCACUCAAGUCUAAGGGUCGAUUUAUUCAAUUAUGGAUUGGAGUGAUUUGCCAUGGAUUAGUAGUAGAAAUAAUUUGCUACAAUCUUCCGGAUAUUGACAAUUUUUGGCAUUCACCAACUCCGAUUAUGCUUCUAGGACAACGUUUGCCACUGCAUAUAAUAUUUCUUUACGCUGUUUUUAUAUACACUGCAGCUAUUACAAUUGAUAAACUAAAAUUACCCCCGUGGAGUGAGCCAUUUGCAGUUGGAUUGAUGGUUAAUUUAUUGGACUAUCCUUACGAUGUGAUGUCCGUUAAAUUUGUACAUUGGACAUGGCAUGAUACGGAUCCGAAUAUUUUCGAUCGUCAUUAUCACGUUCCAUGGAAUUCUUAUUAUUUCCACGCUACCUUCGCUGCGGGAUUUAUGUUCUGGUUUCGUUUUACGAGACGAUUCAUAAUUAAGAACAAUGAUCCAAGAAAAUCUGGACCAUUUUGUAAGGAAUUACUUUGCACUCUAAUAGCCUCAUGUUUGGGAAUGCCCACUGGUGUACUAUUAUUCAUACCAAACUACCAUAUUUUACACGAUAUUUACAAUUUACAUUCCGAAGUAACUUAUCAUCUACUACUCGCAAUUUAUGUCGUUAUAAUAUUCAGCGGCCUUUUAAGUCUAAAAACUCUACCUCAGCACUCACGGAACAUUCAAGAUUAUUUAAUUCUCUUCUACUUGGCAAUUUAUUAUUUAAUAUUCUUUGGAAUGGCUCUUAUUGGCAAUCCCGAAGCGGAAAUCUCAAAAGGAUUGCAUGAACCAAUUGGACCGUGUGAUAAAAACGUGUCUAUGAAAACUGCAUUUGGACAAACGCUUUACAAACGGAAAUACUUGUGCGUUACAGAUUAUGAUGAAUCGUAUUUCGGUUGGUCAUGUCUACCUGAUGGGAAACCACCAGUUGGAAAAAUUGGCGAAUAUUAUACAAUUUGUGGAACACCUUUUGACAAUAGGGUCGAGUACAUUACUUUAAUGCUGACAAUAACAAUUAUUGCAGCCGGAGUUUUCUUAAAUAUAUUUCUUCACACGACUGCUAAGAAAAAUGUACAGAAAAAGAAAAAUUAAAGUUUACAAUUGAAAAAAAAAUCUCAAUUCUUAUUCAAAAAUUUGUAGGCAAAACUUUGUAAAAAUCUGAAGGAAAAUAUAUUUAUAUUUACAA